AUGUUGGGGACGAGGUCUCAAGAAGCCACGAUCUCGUCUCUGAGGCAAAAAGAACGGUUGAUCCUUGAUCGAGAUCAGAUUAUACAAGCAUAUUAUGGCCGUUAUACUCAGCAAGGUACAAUAAGAUUAUGCAAGAAAGAGAGAAAUACGGUAGGAGAGUUAUUGAGAAUGAAAUGGAGGAACCAGAAAUGGAAAUUGAUUACAACGCAUUCACGAUUAGUUUCUAAUCGGUUACAACAAAUUCAUCUUCCUCAUAAAAAAAAAAAAGAAAAUUCACCUUUUAGAGAGAGUGAAUUUAGAUUUUGCAUUGACCCCAUGUUUAAUAAACAUGAUAAGUUGAUUGUUUCAAUCACACGUUUGUAA